AUGACUCAAACAAACUUAAAAAAUUCUUUUUUCAGAGGUUUUCCAUGUAAAAACUCCAAAGCUUUAUUUGGCAGCCCUUUACAUAUGAAUUCUUUUACUCUGCUCAAAUUUAAUUUGGCAAUUACUGAUUUUGCUAUUUUACUUGUUCACGCACUUGGAAAAUUAAUUUGGUUAUUGUCUUAUCGUUGGUUAUUUGGAGAUAUUGGUUGUAGACUUUAUCAGUUUCUCUCUGCUUUUACUUAUUAUUCCAAUUCUAAUGUUGUUGUAGCUAUUGGUAUUGAUAGGCUAAAGGUCGUUUAUUCAAGCCAAGUUCAAGGAAGCAAUGGUUCUUCAAUCCGUAGGGUACGGCUUUUCUUGGGAAUAGCUUGGGCCUUAGCCUUUAUUUGUGCAUUGCCCCAAAUUUUUUUCUGGACAAAUUUUGAAUUAAGCAAAGGAUGGUCUCAAUGUACAACAAUUUGGCAGAUAGCCGAACACCAUCGUUCCAACAAUUCAACCCGCCCAAUGUCCAGACAUUGGUCUCUCAAUAAACAAACACAGCUUUAUUAUGAACUACUUCACCAAGCUGGAGUUUUUGUCAUUCCUUUCAUUUCCCUAUUUGCUUCCUAUUUUUUAAUUGUUCUGAGAGUUAUACGUUACACUCUAAAACCAAAUCAACUAUUAGCUAAUUGUAAUUCUUAUUCUUCAUUAAUUGCCCCAGAAAAUUGGAGUGGAGGAAAUGACGAUAUUAACAACAAAAAACGUCAGCUUUCUUUAAGAAAAUUUUCAAAGGCUAGUAACGGCCAAAUAAAGGGAGAAAUGAGGAGAAGUAGUAGCAUUAGCACCUGGCAAGUUUUUAAUUAG